AUGGAGACAACCACCGAACAAUUGACAACAACCACACCGCAGACAACCACACCAAAGACAACCACCGAACAACUGACAACAACCACACCGCAGACAACCACACCAACUACAUUGGAUACUACCACACAAUCAACUUCCCAAUCCACCACAAAUACACCGACAACAGAUACAACCACCGUACAUUUGACAACAACCACACCGCAGACAACCACACCCACCACAACAUUGGAAACUACCACGCAAUCAACUUCCCAAUCCACCACAAAUACACCGACAACAGAGACAACCACCGUACAUUUGACAACAACCACACCAAGCACAACACAGGAAACUACCACACAAUCAACUUCACAAUCCACAAAUACACCGACAACAACGGAGACAACCACCGUACAAUUGACAACAACCAAACCGCAGACAACCACACCAACUACAACAUUGGAUACUACCACACAAUCAACUUCACAAACAACCACAAAUACACCAACAACAGAGGCAACCACUGUACAAUCGACAACAACCACACCGCAGACAACCACACCAACCACAACACUGGAUACUACCACCCUACCAACUUCACAAACAACGACAAAUACACCGACAACAACAGAGACAACCACCGUACAUUUGACAACAACCACACAGCAGACAACCACACCAACCACAACAUUGGAUACUACCACACAAUCAACUUCACAAUCCACCACAAAUACACCGACAACAACGGAGACAACCACCAUACAAUUGACAACAACCACACCACAGACAACCACACCAACCACAACAUUGCAAACUACCACGCAAUCAACUUCCCAAUCCACCACAAAUACACCGACAACAACGGAGACAACCACCGAACAACUGACAGCAACCACACCGCAGACAACCACACCAAGCACAACAUUGGAUAUUACCACACAAUCAACUUCACAAACAACCACAAAUACACCGACAACAGAGACAACCACCCUACAUUUGACAACAACCACACCGCAGACAACCACACCAAGCACAACACAGGAAACUACCACACAAUCAACUUCCCAAUCCACCACAAAUACACCGACAACAACGGAGACAACCACCGUACAUUUGACAACAACCACACUGCAGACAACCACACCAACCACAACACAGGAAACUACCACACAAUCAACUUCCCAAUCCACCACAAAUACACCGACAACAGAGACAACAACUGUACAAUUGACAACAACCACACCGCUGACA